UGAUAUAAAAUAGAAAAACCCGAAGUACAGAAGCAAGAAAGAAAGGAGAAGAUAAUAAUGUUGAUAACUGCGGGGGAAGCAUGUCCUUUCUCUCCCAUUUGCUUCGCUCUCUCUUCUCCUACUAAUCAUAAUGUCUCCAGAAAACUCUAUCCUAGGCUUAAAGCUUCUGUCUGCAGAGCUACCUUCUCUGUCCAAAGCAAACCCAACUCCACCACCAAGCCAUUAGAUACUAGCCUUAACUUCAACAGCUGUGAGGACUCAGUUUUUGAUCCAUUAGGUAUUAAUACAGAUGUAUAUUCUGGUCUAAAUUCUGCUUGGGAAAGAUUACUAGCUUUGUUAUCACCAAUAUCUGAGAGUGCCUCAAGUGCAAAAAGGGAUAAGCCUUCAGCUCGAGGAGUUGCAGCUGCAAUUGAGGACAGUUCUAUUGAUUUUGGGGACUUCUUCAAAGGUCCAUUGCCAGGAAAAUUUCUCAAGCUUCUGGGAUUCUUGGCUUUAUCUCGUCUUGGAAUAUAUAUACCCCUUGGUGGUGUAAAUAGAGACGCUUUCGCUGGAAAUUUAGAUCAGAAUAGCUUGUUGAGCACUUUGGAUUCAUUUUCUGGUGGAGGCAUUGGUAGACUUGGGAUAUGCUCCCUUGGUAUUGUUCCCUUUAUCAAUGCGCAAAUUGUGUUCCAGCUUCUCGCCCAAGUUUACCCCAAGUUGCAGGAUCUCCAGAAAAGAGAAGGUGAAGCUGGAAGGAAGAAAGUACUCCAGUAUACUCGAUAUGCUUCAGUUGGGUUUGCUAUAGUACAGGCUAUUGGCCAGGUUCUUUACCUUCGUCCCUAUGUCAAUGACUUUAGCACACAGUGGGUUUUGUCAUCUGUAACUUUAUUGACACUUGGCUCUGUAUUUACGACCUACCUUGGUGAACGAAUCUCUGAUUUAAAACUUGGAAAUGGCACAUCUCUUUUGAUAUUCACGAGCAUUAUUUCCUAUUUGCCGGCAUCUUUUGGUAGGACUGCUACGCAAGCAUUUCAGGAUGGUAACUAUGUUGGGCUUGUCACAAUCAUUCUCUCAUUCUUCCUUCUAGUCCUUGGCAUUGUGUAUGUUCAGGAAGCAGAGAGAAAGAUUCCACUCAACUAUGCCUCAAGAUACACCAGCAAAAGUGGUGGACUUCAAAAAUCUGCUUACCUACCAUUUAAGGUAAAUAGUUCAGGAGUCAUGCCAAUCAUAUUUUCUACAUCAUCAUUGGCUCUUCCUGGCACUCUUGCAAGAUUCACUGGAAUAUCUGCGCUCAAGAAUGCUGCAGUGGCUUUGAACCCAGGAGGUUCAUUUUAUCUCCCCACCAAUAUCCUAUUAAUAGCCUUUUUCAACUAUUACUACACCUUCCUGCAACUGGACCCUGAUGAUGUGAGUGAACAGUUGAAACGCCAGGGUGCAUCAAUUCCACUAGUUCGUCCGGGUAAAAGUACAGCUGCAUAUCUGAAAACGGUUCUCAGCAGAAUAUCAGUUUUGGGUUCCGGGUUUUUGGCAAUACUGGCUGCUGGUCCUGCAGUCAUUGAACAAAUCACACACUUGACAGCAUUUCGAGGAUUUGCAGGCACGUCUGUACUCAUUCUUGUUGGCUGUGCAACAGAUACAGCAAGAAAAGUUCAAGCAGAAAUAAUAUCCCAGAAGUACAAGAACAUAGAGUUUUAUGACAUUGAUAAAUACAGUUCCUGAAAGAUACUCUAAUCCUGAGAGGAUUGAUCCUUUUGAACUGUACAGUACUUCCGGCACAGCAUGAAAAUUUCUUAUCCAAGGUUUCGUGGUGAUACCUUCUUUUCCUUUUGUGUUAGGUUUCUGGUGUGUGUAUUAUACAUCUUCUGCUUUGCAAAUUGAUUUAGGCUGUAACUUGUACAUACUGCAGAAGAGCAACCACAGGUUUACUAACUGUAACUUUAUCAUAAUUGCAAUUACCAUAAGAAGUAAAUCUUUUUGUUGUUAAAUUAAGAGCCCCUUUCCCCUUA